AUGCACUGUACUUACACGGCACCAAGUCGCAAGUCCAAGCCGAAGAAACGACAGAGCAAUGCAAAGAUCGAGGAGAGCACCAGCGACACACAGGCCCGGCUUCGGUACCUAGAGACUCUCCUUGAGCAGGUCACUGAACGCUUAGAAGCUGCUGAAAGGCGAAAUGAGGUUCAGGAUAAGGCUCAGCUCCGGGGACCCAAGCCGACCGCCACAGUGACGUUGUCAACGAUGCCGACAAGCGAGGAUGGAAAUGCAGACGACGACGACGACUCUCCAAAAUCGAUCAGUCUCCCUCCCCUACAGCAGGUCCUGCCUGUCGUCCAAAUCUUCCUCCAAAAGUUCAACGCCGUGCUACCGCUCUUUCAUGCCGACACUCUUCUGCAUCUCGUCCACGAUUUCUACCAUCGUGGCCCCCAGAAACGGCGCGAUCCUGUCGCAUGGGGUGCCAUCAACAUAGUGCUAGCCCUCGCACACCGGCAGGGCCUGGCAGGCAGUAGUAACACUAAGUACUACGCCGAGUGUUUCAGCAGAGCGCAGUCAGUGCUUUCGGCCGUGACGCUGGGCAACAUAGAGCUGCUCAACAUCCAGGUUCUGGUGGGUAUGGUGAUGCUGUCUCAGAGUUCGCAAGAUCUGCAGCCUUCGCUGAUCUUGCUUGCUAUGACGAUGCGUCUCGCGCACAAGUUGGGCCUGCACAAUCGUGCCUCCUCGGCACACCUGGACCCCGUCCUCGCGAGACAGCGCACUCGCGUCUUCUGGUUGGCGUACAUUCUCGACAAGGACCUCAGUAUGCGCUCGAAACAGCCGUCGAUCCAGCUGGACGACGACAUCGACCUUGACCUGCCUUCCCCCAAAUUCGCCGCUACCGAACGUCAGGUGGGCGGCGACGACGACGACGACGACGCCGACGGCGUCGGUGCCGGCAUUAUCACCACCGCCGACGGAGCCGCGAAGAUGAAUUACUUCGUCGCCCGCAUCCAGCUGGCCGUUGUUGAAGGCGGUGUGUACGACUAUCUGUACUCGACGCGCUCCCAAAAACGCAGUCCCAAGGAGCGGUCCCGCGCCCUGGAGAGUGUAGCCAGCGCCCUCGAGCGGUGGAAGGCUUCCAACCCGCCCGAGUUUAGUGCCGCGGCGGCCUUGAGAGGAGUGUCUCCUGACACGCUCCGCUUUUUGUGCGUGUUGCACUCAACCAGUCUGUUGUGUACGACGGCGAUAAGCCAGGCGCAUGCCUGGAACGCCCAAUGGGUGGCCAGCCUACGCCGGCACGGGAGGGAGGGCACCGUACCACUGCUGCCACCUCACUGGGAGGUGAUUGUGGACGAGGCGCGUGAUUUGAUGGUCUUGUUGAGCGCGCUGCGGCUCACAGAUCGCUGGAACUUCUGGAAAAUGGGCUGCACUUAUAUGACGGCCAUGAUACUGUUGACGGCGAAUAGCAUGCACAGACCACGGCAUGAAAAAAUAUCCUUUGAUAGCCAGCUAGUCGCUUCCGGUUUGCAGACCAUUGACACAAUGGUGGAGGAGAUGGAGAGCGAAGCGUUGCGGUCCUUUCGGGGCACGUGCGCCGAGUUAAAUCAGGAGGUCCAGCGGAGGAGCCGUGGUGAAGCCACCAUGAAGGCCAACCACCGCGACUUCUUCUUAUACUUCUCAGAUGCUCAGUCGGGGAUUUGA